AUGCUGGAUCUGGAUCUGGAUGAGGAGAUGAAGAAGGAAAGGGAGCGCGUCAGGGAGCGCGUCAGGGACGUGUGGAUCUGGAUGACACAAAGUAUACGUGAGCUUGCUGCUUGAAAGCUCGGCUGCAAGGCUGUGCACGUAUGCCGCCUCACAACGCAGCCGCCAUGCACCCACUCGUGUUAUUUGAAUGUGAAUGCAAUUAAUCUGCAUGAAUCGUGGAAUCGUCAACUCAGGUCGCACGCCUGCCUGCCUUGUUCGUGAUUUGCGCUAAGCCGGCUGAGACCACGCGGUACAUGCUGCAUCACCAUGCAGCAAACCUUCUGCAUGCAUGCACGUUUGGCGGCGCGCUAUCAUGCAAACGCGGCCCAAGUCGGACAGGCAGGCACGCCAUCGUGCCGUUGAAGGGCGCUAGCGGUGCAAGAGAGUUAGUUCACUGCACCGCAACGGAGGCCAAGCAUUGCUGGAUGCAUCCUCUCCGGUCCAAGCAAAAGCUUCAAAGAAUCGACUUGAGCUGCUUCAGUCCAGACUUGGCUGCGGCGUCGACGAUCUGCUCGAGGGAGACGACCUAGAAUUUUGGAUCGAUCGCUCUUCUAGCGUGUUUGUGCCACGCUUCAUACGUCUUGCUGACCCCGAGAUAUUUGCAAGCUCUGCGGCUGAACCUUUCUGGGUCUGCAAUGCGGAAGGUCAACGUCAAGUGACCUACCCUCCCUUCGUAGACAAAGGAGAGCAAGUAUAUCACGUGGACGAGAGGCUUGCCAUCAGCGCACAUGCUGCUCUUGCAUGCUGUCGACGUGUGAGCUCGGCUACAGAAGACUCUCCAUCUGCAGCUUUCGUCAUUUUGACGAGCGCUCCGGAAGCGAGCUUUGUUGUGGCGUCGGAAGUGGAGACCAUCGAAGUUUGCGGAACAUCACGCCCAUCGCUUGCGGCCAUCCUACCUGCUUUGCUCGAAGCUGUUGUCAGCGACGGCUGCACCACUAGCGAAGCUGGAUUGACUCUAAUCAGCAGCGGAAGCGCCUCACUUGAUCAAGCGUUGUCUCGAGCGCUAAAGACGAUGGGCAUGAACGUCAAGCAGCUCUCGGACUUCGGAGAGGACUGGUCGUGGGAACUCCGGUCCUGUCGCUUGGAGUUGCUGCUGGUCACCAAUGAUAGCACAGACGUGCAAGAACUUUGGCGCAGCCUGUCGACGGAAGGCCGCAGGAUUGUUCUUGAAGACCAUUUGCGGCACAGCUUUCGCCGCCACAGCUCACUCUCGAUCAGCCAGGCACAAGUCGAAAAGCUGCUUCCCUUGGCGGACUCCGCUCCACUCGUGAAGAAGGGACUCGGACGACAGACCCUUUUGUUCAAUCCUCGCAAAGCGUACCUCUGUGUCGGAGGCUGCAACGACCUCGGUCUGAGGCUGGCUGCUUGGAUGAGGCAAAGAGGUGCUCGUACAGUCAUUCUUGCGUCGCGCUCCGGCCGCAAUGCAUUUGCAAACAAGGGUGAGUGUGACACUUUCGAACGCGCAGUAAUCACAUGACGCCAAUCGUUGACCUCGGUACAAUUGCACUGGCAGCAUCGGCCAUGUCUGUUGACACGCACGAGCUUCUUCGGUACCUGCAAACGGCCGAAGAUUUCGAUCUCCGUAUCGAGACGCUUGACGCAUCAAGCACGACGUUCGUCAAGGCAUUCUGGCAGCAGCUGAAUAUCCAAAUUGGUGGCAUCUUCCUCGUUACUGCCGAUAUUCGCGACGCGCCUUUUUCGGCACAAACACAAGCCCACUUCGAAGCAUCCUACGGCGCCAAGGGUGUUGCUUUAACCAACAUGCUUUCAGCCGCUGGGCAUGCCACGUCCGAUCUUGACUUUGUGAUCGCAACUUCAUCGCUUGCUUCUUUGGUCGGUAACUCGGGCCAGAGCAGCUAUGCAGCUGCUGGAAGCGGCCUCGAGGCGAUUGCCGCGAUCAGCCAAAAGACUCUUACAGUGGCUCUUCCGCCACUUCUCGAUGGAGGCUCGUACAUUCGCACCUUGUCGGGAACACAGGGGCGAGCUCACGCAUCGCUCAUCUCGCUCGGGCAAAGUUUGGGCAUCACCUUUGAGCAGCUCUUUUGGAUUCUCGAUGAUGCUCUGCAUCUCAUCGAGGACGGCGUGGUCAUCAAUGGCUACUACGUUCCGGAUGUCGACAUUAAAUCGCUGCAAUUGCUUUCGCCUCUUCAAGCGUCAUGCUGGCGGCAUUUGAUGCACGAUGCACCCGCAAGUCAGGCCGCUGAUUCAGCAAAGGUGAUCAAAAGCCCUAAAGGCUUGGUGGAAGAAGCUCUUGGUGCUCAGUCUGACUCGCUGGACGAAAGAGCACCCUUGAGCUCUCUCGGUCUAGACUCGCUCACAGCGGUCAAGCUAUCUGGCCUGCUCAAGCGCCAAUUUGGUCUGAACUUUACGCAAAUGCAGCUGCUAGGAGCAACUACGUUGCGAGACAUUCAAGCCUCGUCGGAAGGGGCGCAGCCCAAUGGUAGUUCCGCUUCGAAUGGGACCGUAAAAGGCUCAGCUGGCUUGGACUCCGCCGCUGACACAUGCGUCGUGCAUCUCAAUGACGUGACGGACGGUGAUCCGCUGUUCCUGAUACAUGGCGCGGGAGGUAGCAUUGCCUACUUUGCAAAUGUUGCGGCUUUACUGCCUUGCCCUGUCUACGGGGUUCGGGAGACUACCGAGUCGGCACGAUUAGACGACUUGGACGAGGUGGCAGAGGUGUACCUGAGAGAAAUCCGCAAAGUCCAGCCCGAAGGGAGACUCCGACUAGGUGCAUUCUCUGGCGGAGUCAUCACUAGUCUGAAGAUUGUGCAGAGCAUGAAGAUGACGCCCGUUGAGGAUGGCGUUCUGGGACUCGUUUUCCUGGAUCAUUCUCCCUCGAUGUUUUUAUCUUCGUGGGCGGACAAUCUCGCCGCGAUUCUUGGCGGCGAUGCAAAUCCAUUGGACGACAUUCUUCGUCGGACCAUGCGCGCUGCAAUUGCAGAUCGGGAGCCUAUUUUCGAUGCAGCCAUCGCCGCUCAGCUGGACCUGUUUUGGGACGAAGAAGCCCGCUCUGGACAAGAGAAGCCCGUCGCGUCGACUGGAGAAGUCGCAACUUGGGUGGCCAAAUUUGUAGAAACGUUUCGCCGACACUCUCGCCAGAGCACGAUUGCCAUGCAAAAGUUGGGAGCGCCUUCAUCGGACUCGAAUCGAUUUGAUGCGGAGCGCUUCGUCCAGAAUGUGCGCUCGGUUCUUGCGGCGCCCGAUGGCGGGUAUCUGCCAAUCCUGUUGGUCAAGCAGGCAGCGGGCAUCUGCACGACUGCGACUUCGCGCGCGGUAGACGCGACCAGCGGCAGGUAUGAGUGGCGCGAACAUGAUCUCGGACUACGAGCAGUAAUUCCGAGCGCUCAAGUCAUGACCCAGGAAGGCUCACACUACGCUCAAUUUGGCUCCCCGAAUGCACUCAAACAUUCGCGAGUGGCCGCCGAUUUGGCUUCGAAAUUGGACGCUUUCUUUGCGUCGUUGUAA